AUGGGGCCCGCGCUGCUGCGGCUGCUCCUGCUCGGGACGGCGGCGGCGGCGGCACCGGGAGGAGGCCCCGCCCAGUGCGGGGGGGGGCAGUUCCAGUGCGGGGACGGCGCCUGCAUCCCCAGGGCCUGGGUCUGCGACGGCAGCGCCGAGUGCAGGGAUGGGGCCGAUGAGAGCGAGGAGAGCUGCAGCUCCGUGUCCUGCUCCCCAUCCGAGUUCCCCUGCGGGGGGCUCCGGGGCCGCUGCGUUCCCCUGCUCUGGCGCUGCGAUGGGCACCGCGACUGCGAGGACGGCUCCGACGAGCUGCAGUGCCCCCCCCGUUCCUGCCCCCCGGAUCAGCUCCGUUGCGGGAGCGGCUCCUGCAUCUCCCGCGCCUUCGCCUGCGACGGGGACCGGGACUGCGAGGACGGCGCGGACGAGGCCGGGUGCCCCCCAGCGCCCCCUUGCGGCGCCGCCGCCUUCCGCUGCCCCGACGGCUCCUGCGUGCCCCGGCUCUGGGCCUGCGACGGGGACCGGGACUGCCCCGACGGCGCGGACGAGGCGGCCCCGAGCUGCGGCCCCCCCCGCGCCCCCCGCGCCUGCCCCCCCCUGCAGCUGCGCUGCGGCUCCGGCCGCUGCCUCCCCCGGCGCUGGCGCUGCGACGGCACCGAGGACUGCGCCGACGGCAGCGACGAGAGGGGAUGCGCCCCCGCCUUGUGCCCCCCGGAGCAGUUCAGCUGCGGGGACGGGCGCUGCGUGCCGGGGCUGCGGCGCUGCGAUGGCACCGAGGACUGCGCCGACGGCAGCGACGAGGCCGAGUGCGGCAACGUGACCGCCUGCGCCGGGUUCCGGUGCCGCUCCGGUGAAUGCAUCCCCAUGGAGCGCGUCUGCGACCGGCGCCGCGACUGCCGGGAUUGGUCGGAUGAGCCUCUCAAGGAGUGCGGGGUCAAUGAGUGCCUGGAUGGCAACGGGGGCUGCUCCCACGUGUGCCGGGACUUGCCCCUUGGCUACGAGUGCCGGUGCCCCGAUGGCUUCCGGCUGGGCCCCGAUGGACGGAGCUGCCUCGACAUUGAUGAGUGCCAGGACCCCACCACCUGCAGCCAACGGUGCCAGAACCUCCCGGGCUCCUUCAAGUGCGGCUGCGGGGAGGGGUACAGGCUGGAGCCCAGCACCAACGCCUGCCGUGCACUCGGGCCGCCCCCGGCGCUGCUGUUCUCGUUGCGCCACGAACUGCGGGAGGUGGCGCUGGACGGGGCCCGGUACCGGCGGCUCCUGGGGCCGCUCAAGCACCUCGGGGCGCUGGACGUGCACGUGGGCAACGGCUCCGUGUUCUGGGCCGACCUCAGCCGGGGACGGAUCUUCCGGUCUCCACUCUCCACCACAGCCGAUGCCCCCCAGCAGGUCCCGGUGCUGGAGCUGGGCUCAGGGACCCCGGACUCCAUUGCCCUGGACUGGCUCCAUCACCUCCUUUACUGGACCGACCCCGUGCUCGGGGCCGUGGCCGUGGCAGACGCCGGCGGUGCCUGGAGCCGGACGCUGCUGCGGGAGGAGGGAGCCAAACCCUGCGGCAUCGCCCUGGACCCGCUGCAGGGUUUCCUGUACUGGACGGACUGGGGAGCCAGCCCCAAGAUCGCCCGGAGCCGCCUCGAUGGCUCUGAUGUGGUGACGCUGGUGACCGAGGAUGUGGAGUGGCCAAAUGGGAUCACCCUGGAUCUGCCCUCCCAGCGCCUGUUCUGGGUGGACGCUCGGCUCCAUGCGCUCUCCAGUGUGGACGUGGACGGGGGCCGGCGCCGGACGCUGCUCAGGGACCCUGCGGUGCUGGUGCAGCCGUUCGCCAUCACCGUGUUCGAGGACCGGAUUUACUGGAGCGAUUCCCAGCUCGGGGCCGUGUUCGGGCUCGGGCUCCACUCGGAGCCGGGGCCGCAGCGGCUGCUCCAGGAGCGGUUCCCGGUGCAGGGAUUGGUGCUGGUGCAUCCCCUGCGGCAGCCCACAGCCCCCUUGCCCCCCCUGGACGUGGUCCUCCCACAGCCCCCCCCCAGUGCCCAUGAGGGGGGCCCGGAGCCCACACCCAGCGCUGAGACCCCCGGGACCCCCAACAGCACCGGCACAUCCGGCAACGCCACCGCAGGCAGCCGCGGCGGUGCCGUGGUUCCCGAGGGUCCCGGUGGCAGCAGAACGGCCUCGACGGUGCUCGCGGUGAUGCUGCUGCUGGGGGCCCUGGCUCUGCUCGGUGCCGGUGCCCGCGGGCUCUGGCGCUGGUGGCGGCACCGCAGCACCCGCAGCAUCAGCUUCAGCAACCCCGUGUUCCGCAAGGGGGGGGGCCCAGGGGGGGACGAGGAGGAGGAGGAGCCCCUGGGGGUGCCCCGGGCCCCCUCGGUGCUGGAGGAUGGCGUGGCCUGA